UUGGCAGCCGGCGAGUGACGAGCAUUGUCGCCUCAGGUUCGGUGGUGUUCGAGGUGGUGCGCGAGGUGUGGCCCGGGGAGCGGCUGGUGGCCCUGCUGCUGCCUGAGGUCGACGACGCCCUGCUGCUGCCCGCCCUCACCCUCCUGCGCUCCUCGCUCUACCGCCGCACCAUCGACUCCAUCAUGGCCGAGGCGCCGCUCGACCUCUCCCGCUCCCUGCUGACGUCGCCGCCCGCGCCUGGACCGCACUGCGGCGCCGCGGGGAAGCGGAAGGCCGAGUCACCCUCGCCACAUCGGUCGCCGUCGCCGCCAGCGACAACCUCACCGAUCACGUCAUUUCCCACGACAUCCUCGUCGUCGUUUUUCCCACUGAGACAGACGGCCUUCGGGAUCAACCUUCCGGAUCCUGAACCAUUAGACAGGCCAUCUUUUUCUGUCAACCUGACGCCGACGACGACAGUGUCAGCAGCGUGCAGCAGCAGCAGCAUGCCUCAAACAGUGCCUCGCAGCAGCAGGGAGGUGACAGCGCCGCUGGCCCCCGUCAAGCGGCGGGAGCGGACGAUGCUGCCGUGCUCCGAGUGCGGCAAGGCCUUCGACCGGCCGUCGCUGCUGAAGAGGCACAUGCGGACGCACACGGGAGAGAAGCCGCACGCGUGCGACGUGUGCGGGAAGGGGUUCUCGACGAGCUCGUCCCUCAACACCCACCGACGGAUCCACAGCGGGGAGAAGCCCCACCAGUGUGGCGUGUGUGGCAAGCGCUUCACCGCCUCCUCCAACCUCUACUACCACAAGAUGACCCACGUCAAGGAAAAGCCGCACAAGUGCUCGCUGUGCACGCGCUCCUUCCCGACCCCCGGCGACCUCCGCUCCCACAUGUUCGUCCACAACGGCCAGUGGCCGCACAAGUGUUCCGUCUGCGGCAAGGGCUUCAGCAAGCUCACCAACCUCCGCAACCACGCCCUCCUGCACGCUGAGCUGAAGAGAACUGAACGGCACCUGACGACCCUCCCGACGCCCUCGGCCUCCUCCAGUGGCUCCCUCGCGCCUGCAGCUGCCUCCACCAGCGGCUUCAACACUUCCCUGAAACCUGCAGCCGCAUCCAGCCCUCCCACAUGCUCUUCCACAUCAUCCAGUACCCUUUCCAUCUCACAUAUCCCUCCCACUGCGUCUCCUUUACCUUCACCACCUUCAUCACGGCUUUCCCGAACUUCGAGUCCCCUUCCUCCUUCUCCUGACACACCCGCUUCCUCUUAUUCGUUAUCUUUUUCCAUGAUCGUCAAAACCUCAGGUUCACCCGAGCGGCUCGAGGCUCCUGAGUCCCCAAGAAGCACGGGCGCUCCUUCAGCAACAGAUACAUCAGAUAAUCCUCCAGAACACCUCCCUAUCAUCACCACACCGUUACCAAACUCCAGAAGUAUUGUACCCAAAAGUAUUGUUUCGUCAGAGAAAGAACCUCAAAACAGUAUUAAAUCACUUGCCCAAACUGCUGAAGGUAUUUCUACCUCGUCGCCUCCUUCGUCAGGUUCCUCGUCUUGUCCCUCUGCUUCCUCCUAUUCCUCCUCUGUUAUCUCCCAUACGCACUCCUACCAAAAGUUUUCAUUAGAGAAUAUUUUAAAGGUAACCGCACCUUCGAUCCUGACAGCAAGAAGAGAUCACAAAUGUUCAACGAUGGAGGACAGAAGGAGAGAGGAAGGAGCAAAGGAGGUACAAAUUAGUCCUAAUAAUAGUGAAGUAGAGAUAAUAAGCGAUAAUCAAAGUAAUGGAGAGAGAGAAGAGUGGGACGUCAAGCGGUAGUUCCUUAAGUUAGUUGUCGCUAGAUCUCCAAGUCAGACAACCUUAUGUAAUAUUAUUUUGUGUUCUUGACUAUAGACAAUCUUCCUCAUAAACAGCUUUACCUUCGUUUAUAUUUCUGAGCUUUAAAUUAGAAAAUAAAAGAACUUAUACCGAAAUGACUAUUCGUGUAGAGAAAUUUUCAUCUGAAAGAAAACUAUAGAAUUGUUUGUACAUAGAUAUUUAACAAAAUAAAAAGUAGAUGAUUAGAUAUUGAGUCCUUGUUAGCGGAGUCGUCAUGGUCGUGUGAGAGAAGUCCUUGCUUGGAGAGUCCUCAUGGUCGUCUGAGAGGAGUCCUUGCUUGGAGAGUCCUCAUGGUCGUCUGAGAGGAAUCCUUGCUUGGAGAAUCCUCAUGGUCGUGUGAGAGAAGUCCUUGCUUGGAGAGUCCUCAUGGUCGUCUGAGAGGAGUCCCUGCUUGGAGAGUCCUCAUGGUCGUCUGAGAGGAGUCCUUGCUUGGAGAGUCCUCAUGGUCGUCUGAGAGGAGUCCUUGCUUCGAGAGUCCUCAUGGUCGUGUGAGAGGAGUCCUUGCACGAAGAGUCCUCUUGAUCGUGUGACUGGAGUCCUUGCUUGGAGAGUCCUCAUGGUCGUCUGAGAGGAGUCCUUGCUUGGAGAGUCCUCAUGGUUGUGUGACUGGGGCUGGCGAGAGUCUUCAGAAGUGCUGAGUUACUCAAGUCACUGCGGUACUCUGAACCAAGUACUUGCUUACUUCAUUUGCAGUAAGUUCUGUAUUUUACAGAAACUUUCUGUUUACGUUUAUUUAUGAUAAAUCGAGGCUGGUCGUGCAAUAUAGUUGUAACAGAAUGUAUUUAUUUUUACCUGUUUUAUGUUCAAUAAAAUUUCAGACAUA